AUGCACCGGGAGCUACACUGGAAGCCGCGGGCCGUAAGGGGAGCCGCGGCGGGGACCGCCGGGAGCCGCACCGGCGGUCGCACCGUCAACCGCACGGAGUGUUUCUACGCUGCGCCGGGCGCCGCGCCCGGAGCUGCCGGGAGUCGCCGGGAGCAGCAACGAGCAUGUGCAGGCCAAGGAGGCGCCGCUGGGAAACGUAGUCCUGGCCGCGCCACCCGCCACGGUCCCGAUCACCCGCCGGACCACCCUCAGGCAUCGCCGCCCCUGCCCGCCCAGCCCCGCCGCAGCGGUGCGCUCUCAGCUCCUCAGCAGCCGGUGCGGCUGCCCUGGUGCUGGGCAGCCCUCAGCCUGGCUCUCCUCUCGCUGCUGCUCCUGCUGGCACAAGUCAUUGUCACCAGUCUGAGCUUCCACAAUUUACAGCAGGCAAGCUGCACCCAUGGUCCCUGGAGCAUGGACAAGAGUCCCAGCUACGGGCAACAGACGCUGCAAGGGCGAUGCCAGUUCUGCCCAGCUGGCUGGCUCUGGGAUGCAGGGCAGUGCUACUACUUCUCCUCUGCCAAAAAGAGCUGGGAGCAGAGCAGAGAGGAAUGCUGCUCCAGAGGGGCACAGCUGGUCAUCAUCCGAGCCAACACCACCCUGGCUUUCCUGAUGCGCACAGCCAACAUGGAGGUCUUCCACGUGGGGCUGAAACGGGAUGGCCCCAGGUCUGACUGGAAGUGGCUGGAUGGCACCCCACUGAAAGGGCUCUUCCCAAUCCGGCGUUCCACCAGCUCCUUCCUGGCCUGCGGGAGAGUGUCAGGCUUGGGGCUGUCGGGUGGUCUGUGUGGGGAAGCCCUCGGCUGGGUCUGUGCGAGGAGUGCAGCCACCCUGCAGUGGCUCCGGUCCUCGCCCCCUGCCUUCUUCUGGGGAAACACCACCUACAUCUGUGCAGGGCUCUGAUGACCGUGAGGACCUCCAGUGUGUCCCUCCACCCUGUUUCCUGCCUAGCCUCAGUGCAUGGGCAUCCCUGGGCACCACUGCUUCCUCAGUCAGACCUCUUUAUCCCACUGGAUCUAUGCCAAUA